UGAGCCCAUUUUUGCUGUCUUAACUUUAGCCUGUUAUGGUCUCCGUCUUCUGCUUGACUAGAAGACUUUUCUUCGUUUCUCUGACCCAAAACAAUGGAAACUCCCGAAAUUCCCUCGUCUUCCAUUUAACUGUUUAACUUUCUUCUCUAAGUAGCAAAGUUUACAUUUACAAUUACAUCACACUCUUGUCUCUCUUUCUACAUAUAAAUUGAACUAUGGAUGCCAAAUUUUUAGUUAGUUUAUUUAUUUAUUUUUGUUGUCCCUUUUGAUACGAAAAUGGCGAGAAUAAGAAGAAUGAGGAAAGCAAGAUUAAAUAUUGAAGAGGUUGUGGAUUUCUUUAAUCAUCUAUAUGCAGAGAAGCCUCUUUUUCCUUUUUUAGUUCCUCUGAUUUUGGUUCUUUGGGUUAUUGAGAAAUGGAUUUUCUCUGUUUCCAAUUGGGUCCCUCUUGUUGUUGCUGUUUGGGCUACUGUUCAGUAUUACGGUUAUCAACGUCAAAUACUUGUUGAAGAUCUGAAUACAAAGUGGAAACGAGUUGUAUUGAGCACCUCGCCAGUAACACCAGUGGAACACUGUGAGUGGCUGAACAAACUGUUAAUGGAAGUUUGGCCCAACUACAUAAACCCAAAACUUUCAAUAAGGUUUUCAUCCAUUGUCGAGAAGCGUUUAAAGGAGCGGAAGUCGAAAUUUAUAGAAAGAAUUGAAUUACAGGAGCUUUCGUUAGGUAGCUCCCCACCUUACUUGGCUCUCCAUGGCACUCGUUGGUCAACUUCAGGUGACCAGGGGUUUAUGCGUCUCAGUUUUGAUUGGGACACAUCUGACUUGAGCAUUAUGUUGCUGGCUAAGCUGGUCAAGCCAAUGGGAGCAGCUCGGAUUGUUGUUAACAGCCUUCAUAUAAAGGGUGAUCUUCUUUUGAUGCCUGUUCUGGAUGGUGGAGCAAUUCUAUACUCAUUUGUUUCAACUCCAGAAGUAAGAAUAGGAGUUGCCUUUGGAAGUGGAGGAAGCCAGUCUCUACCUGCCACUGAGCUGCCUGUUGUUUCUUCUUGGCUGGUCAAAAUUCUGACUGACACCUUAGUUAAGACAAUGGUUGAACCUCGCCGCCGUUGUCUCUCCUUACCAGCAGUAGAUUUAAGGAAGAAGGCUGUUGGCGGAGUUAUUCACGUGACAGUCAUUUCUGCUAGUAACCUUUCUAGAAGUGCCUUUCGAGGAAGCCCUUCAAGAAGGCAACAAAAUUGUUCUAUAAAUGGUAGUUUAGAAGAGUAUUUUGAUGAUAGAGAUUUGCAAACUUUUGUGGAGGUUGAACUUGAACAGUUAACAAGGAGAACAAAUGUGAGAUCGGGCUCAGGUCCAAGAUGGGAUUCAACAUUUAAUAUGGUUUUACAUGAAGAAACUGGAAUUCUUCGAUUUCAUCUUUACAAUUCCAGUCCAUCCAGUGUGAAGUUUGACUAUCUUGCGAGUUGUGAAAUAAAGGUGAAGUAUGUUGCAGAUGAUUCAACAAUGUUUUGGGCAGUAGGACCCAACACAGGUGUAAUUGCUGAGCAUGCCGAGUUUUGUGGAAAAGAUGUGGAGAUGACUGUACCAUUUGAGGGGGUUAACUCAGGAGAGUUAACGGUAAAGCUUGUCUUGAAAGAAUGGCAAUUCUCUGACGGUUCACAUAGCUUCAACAAGUUGCGGACUAGCUCUCGGCAGUCAGUGGAUAGCAUAUCAAAUCUUUUUUCAAGGACAGGGAGAAAGAUUAAUGUAGUUGUUAUGGAGGGAAGGGAUCUUACCACAAAAGAAAAAUCUGGAAAGUGUGACCCAUAUGUUAAACUGCAAUAUGGAAAGGUUUUCCAGAGAACAAGGACUGCACAUGCUUCUAAUCCUUUAUGGAAUCAGAAGUUUGAAUUUGAUGAGAUUGAAGGAGGCGAAUACCUUAGGAUUAGAUGCUAUAAUGAAGAUAUCUUUGGAGAUGACAACAUUGGCAGUGCACGAGUAAACUUGGAGGGACUGGUUGAAGGUUCAAUCAGGGAUGUGUGGGUUCCCCUUGAAAAAGUGAAUUCAGGAGAACUGAGGCUUCAAAUAGAAGCAGUAAGAGAUGACAAUGAUGGCUCAAAGGGUUCAACUACAGGCUCAAGCAACGGUUGGAUUGAAAUUGUUCUUAUCGAAGCAAGGGACCUUGUUGCUGCUGAUCUCAGAGGGACAAGCGAUCCUUAUGUGAGAGUGCAAUAUGGAGACUUGAAGAAGAGAACAAAGGUUGUAUACAAAACUUUGAAUCCCAAGUGGAAUCAGACGCUGGAGUUCCCUGAUGAUGGCAGUCCCUUAGUGUUACAUGUGAAAGACCACAAUGCCUUGCUUCCCACAUCAAGUAUAGGUGAUUGUGUUGUAGAAUAUCAGAGAUUGCCACCUAACCAGAUGUCUGACAAGUGGAUACCACUGCAAGGAGUGAAAAGGGGAGAGAUCCAUAUUCAAAUUACUAGAAAAAUUCCAGAAAUGCAAAAGAGAUCCAGUUUGGAUUCUGAAGCUUCUUUAUCUAGAUCACCUCAGUUAUCUAGCCAGAUGAGAGAGAUGAUGAUUAAAUUUCACUCUUUAAUCGAGAAUGGUGAUCUUGAAGGACUCUCAACAGCUUUGAGUGAUAUGGAAAGCUUAGAGGACAUGCAAGAAGACUACAUGAUACAGCUCGAGACCGAGCAAAUGCUUUUGCUUAACAAAAUAAAGGAGCUUGGCCAGGAACUUUUUAGCUCAGCAACUUCCUUUAGCAGAAGACCUUCUGGAAUUUGAGUAUGUUCACUGUCUUAACCUCAAAGGAAAUUAUCCUCGUUGGAGAUUCACGUUACUUGUACAAAGAUCCUCACAUGAUUUAAUAGGUACAUGGGUUUUCCACUCUGUAGGCAUUAUUCUAACCCCUCUUUUUUGCUGUGUGAUUUGCUUGUGGCUUUUUAGCUCAUUUAGCAGCAGAUGCAGAAAACUGGUCUUCAUAUCUCAUGAUACUUAUUAUUUGAUAGAUAGAUAAAAAAGAUAGAGACAGAGAGAGUGAAUGGUUUAGGAAGGGUGCAUUUUCUGCAUGUGAAGAUCAGAAGAUGUAUAAUGAUGAUUAUUGAUUAGCAUUUGUUUGAAUAUUUAUUUGUAUAUGCAAAUGAUGUAACUAAGGACUGAUAAGAAUAAGAUGUUGUCACUGUCCAAUUACUGAGAUUAGCUUGUGCUUUGUUUUGUAUGAUACUACUAGAUGGACGAAGGUCCAGACAUUCAUGACCUAAUGUUUGAAAUAAAUGUGAAGUUCAUUUUAUUUUAAA